AUUGUAAUGUAAUGCAUAACGUAGAUAACGUAAAAUUGGAAAAAAUAUAGAAUUAUAAUUAUUUUUAAAUUUUAUAUUUAUAAUUUAAUUUAUGUAAUAUUGAUCGUACAAAAUUUAUCUAGAUUUUAAUGACAUUUAUAACAUAAACGCUAUAUUUACCGUAAUCAUCGCGUUAAUAUAAUGCAUCAUUGAAGUUUAUAACGUAAACAGCAGAAAAGAUAUAUUCCGAUCUAAUAUUACGUAGUACAAAUGCAUAAAUGCAUUAGAAGGUGUGUACACGGAAAGACUGCAUUCUAAUGACAGACGGCAUAAAUAUGUUUGUGAUGUGUAGAGAAAGAUAUAUCACACGGAAAAAUUAUUUCAAUAUGCUUAAGGUAACAAGUAUUAACUAUGGAAUUUGAAUUUUUUUCAAAUUCUUCGAAACAGACGAUAUCGAGGAAUUAAAAAAAAAAUGCAUUAUAGUAUUUUUUAUGUAAAUAUACAGGAAAUCAAUGCUUCCUUUAAUCUGUUUUAUAUAUCCAUCUUUAAAGUUAUAGUGCAAUGUUGUUUGAAAUUUCACGUUUCUCUCUUUCCGUUUCCGCAAAUUUAUCUUAACGUGAAAAAUCCUGAAUUAUUUUAUCAAAAUCGGGAUAUAUUUCUACUAAUAUUUGAUUAGUCGAAACAUGUUUAUCUUACAAGAGCGUUUCGUAAAAAUGAAACUUUCGUUAUUCAUAUGCAACGACGCAAUACCAUUAGACUUUCAAAAAACCUGUUUACAUGUCCUAGGAUUCUUAAUCGGAAAACUAUGAUCAGCGUCAUUAGGAAGGCGAGCCCACUUAGCGCGCACGAAUAUCAUUCGAGUGUAUGUCGCAGUUUUAUGACACACUCAAUUAAAAAAAAAAAAAAAAACCUGUUAUCGUCGCUGAUCUGAUUUAUGGACCAGAAAGAACUUGGAGCAAACAAGCCUCCGCUAUAGACCAAUCGCGUGACAACGCGGGUUCUGCCGUUCGUCCACAGGUCCGAUAUUUAAAGCGGAACUCGAUACGCGGCCCGCGAUAAUCACGGAAUCACCGUCACCAUCAGGAGAUUCCUUUUACCGUUUUCCUCGAUUUCAAGAAGACAUCAUGACUACCUAUAUCGAUAAAGGUCCUCAGCCCGUUGGAGGAAAGUUCCUCAGUUUCGACCACAUAAGAUUCUGGGUCGGAAAUGCAAAGCAGGCCGCCAGUUUCUAUCGAUGCAGGAUGGGAUUCGAACCGUUGGGAUAUCGUGGCUUGGAAACUGGUUCCAGACAAACAGCGACGCACGUCGUGAAACAGAACAAAAUCGUAUUCGUGUUCGAGUCUCCGUACGAGCCUAACAAUGAAGAAAUGUCGAAACAUCUCUCCCGACACGGGGAUGGCGUGCGGGAUGUGGCGUUCAGCGUCGAAGACAUCGACACGAUUGUGAAGGUAGCCAAAGGGAAAGGCGCGAAAAUAGUGCGCGAUAUAUGGGAGGAAAGUGACGAGUACGGCACCGUGAGGAUGGUUACUAUUAGAACCUACGGCGACACGCUCCACACGCUCAUCGACAGGACAAAGUACAGGGGCUUCUUUCUGCCGGGUUUUGUGAGGACAUCGGAAGAUGUUCUUCUCAAACAAUUGCCACAGACACAUUUGAAUUUUGUGGACCACGUGGUGGGUAAUCAGCCCGACGAACAGAUGGAACCCAUUGCGAAAUGGUACGAAGAUUGUUUGCAGUUUCACAGAUUCUGGUCGGUGGACGAUACACAGCUGCACACGGAAUAUUCCGCGCUGCGAUCUAUUGUAAUGACAAAUUGGGAAGAGACGGUAAAGAUGCCGAUCAACGAGCCCGCUCCCGGAAAAAAACGCUCUCAGAUCCAGGAGUACGUCGAAUAUUACGGCGGCGCCGGUGUACAGCACAUAGCCCUUAACACGAGCGACAUUAUUACAGCAAUAACGAAUCUGCGUGCCAGAGGAAUGGAGUUUCUUAAUGUGCCCGACAGUUAUUACGAAAUGCUCAGAAAUCGUCUGGAAACCAGUGGCACGAAAAUCGUUGAAGACUUGAGUAUACUGCAGAAAUUGAAGAUACUAAUCGAUUACGACGAAAACGGCUAUCUUCUACAAAUAUUCACGAAAAAUAUGCAAGACCGGCCGACGCUGUUCGUAGAAGUCAUACAGAGGCGCAAUCACAACGGUUUUGGCGCUGGCAACUUCCAAGCAUUGUUUGAAGCUAUCGAAUUGGAGCAGGCGAAACGUGGAAAUUUAUAGAAUAUUAAUAUUAUUAAUAUAUUUGUGUAGAAUUAUAUAUAUAAUAUUAUAAAACCUUUAUUUCUCUCUUUCAGCAAGUAAUACUAGAAAUGGGCGAAAAAAUGAGUAUUUUCGGUACUUAAUUAUAUAGCUACUCUUAUAAUUUUCUAUAAUGAAAUAUCACAUUAAAAAUGUAUUAUGCUAAUUCUCCGCUUCAAAAUUCAUUCGGCACGGUCACAUCACCUAAAUAUCCUACUGCGUAUCAUCAAUGAUAAUAAUUCGCACACAUCACAAUAAAGCUGUGUGUUUUGUCGUGAUCGACAAAAAUGUCAAGGUUUUACUUUUUCGCGUUUGUGGAAUAGAUAAUCAAUUUGUCCGAUUAAUUCCGUACUCUUGUAUAUUUAAUGGCCAACAUUUUUGUAUUACAAAAAUACACAGCAUUAAAUGUAAAAUAUGUUACAAUACAUUUUGAAGCGUAGUAAUGCAAAUAUAUUACCUGCCGUCAAAAAUUAAACUCUCUCGAUCAAUGAGAUAUCUAUGCGUAUGUAUGUAUGUAUAUGUGUUGUGUAUGUAUGCGUGUUGUGCUAUUAUAUAUAACUAAGAAAUAUAAAUUUGUUUUUUGAGACAACGUACUCUCUUAUAAAGAAAAGCGAU